AUGGAUCCUUCUUUGGAUACAUGGGAUUUCUCACCUUUAAUAUCAUUAUGGAUAAACAGAUAUUAUAUAUAUUUCGGUUUUGCCUUUGGUAUUGGCCUUUGGAUUUGUUUGCAGAUUGUUAUCAGGAAGCAGGACAAGAACUCACAGGAGAAAUCAAUUCCAAAAGAAGCUCAGGAUUUGAUGACAAAUGGUUAUAUCUCUCCUCACAAGAAGGAAGUCUUUGUGUCUGGAGUGAAGAUUUUCUAUGGUUCCCAGACUGGUACAGCAAAGGAAUUUGCAACAAUUCUUGCUGAAGCUGUUACCUCCCUAUAUCUGCCUGUGGCAAUUAUUAAUCUGAAAGAAUAUGAUCCAGAUGAUAAUCUAGUAGAAGAGGUUACUAGUAAAAACGUUUGUGCCUUCCUGGUUGCUACAUAUACCGAUGGCCGACCAACUGAGAGUGCAGAGUGGUUCUGCAAAUGGUUAGAGGAAGCAUCCAAUGAUUUUCGAUUUGGCAAAACUUACCUGAAGGGUAUGAGAUAUGCGGUGUUUGGCCUGGGAAAUUCUGUUUAUGCGAGCCACUUCAACAAGGUUGGCAAGAAUGUUGAUAAGUGGCUCUGGAUGCUCGGUGCUCAUCGCGUGAUGACUCGAGGGGAGGGUGACUGCAAUGUUGUUAAAAGCAAACAUGGCAGCAUUGAAGCCGACUUCAGAGCUUGGAAGACCAAGUUUAUCUCCCAGCUCCAGGUGCUUUGUAAAGGAGAGAAGAAAUCCUGUGAUGGCAAUUGCAAGAAAGGCAAAUGUGAAUCUAAUCAGCUUAUCUCAGAGGAAAUGGAGCUAGGAUGUCAUACUCAGGAUGGAUUGCAUCAGAGAGACCCUGAGGAGGAGGAGCUGUUUGAGAGUUCCAGUGAGGAAGAGUCUGGUACUGAGGACCACCAGAGUCUAACUUCUGUGGUUGAUGUUGAAGACCUCGGCAACAUUAUGAAUCAUGUCAAGAAAGAAAAGGAAGAGAAAACUGGUUUGUUCAGGAACACCAUGAAGAGUGAAGACAGUGAAAGAAGAGAUAUGAUUACUCCUGCUCUCCGAGAAGCCCUUACCAAGCAAGGUUAUCAGCUGAUUGGGAGCCAUUCUGGGGUGAAGCUUUGCAGGUGGACAAAGUCAAUGCUCCGAGGAAGAGGAGGUUGCUAUAAACAUACAUUCUAUGGUAUUGAGAGCCAUCGUUGCAUGGAAACCACUCCGAGCUUAGCAUGUGCAAAUAAAUGUGUCUUCUGUUGGCGGCACCACACCAAUCCAGUGGGCACUGAAUGGCGGUGGAAGAUGGACCAGCCUGAAGUGAUCUUAAAGGAAGCCAUUGAAAACCAUCAGAACAUGAUCAAGCAGUUUAAAGGUGUACCCGGUGUCAAAGAAGAGCGUUUUAAAGAAGGAAUGACAGUGAAGCACUGUGCCUUGUCCCUGGUGGGAGAACCCAUCAUGUACCCAGAAAUCAACAGGUUUUUGAAGCUACUGCAUGAGUGUAAAAUAUCCAGUUUCCUGGUCACAAAUGCACAGUUCCCUGUGGAAAUCAGGAAUCUCAAACCGGUUACCCAGCUGUACGUCAGUGUGGAUGCCAGCAGCAAGGACAGCCUGAAGAGAAUUGACCGCCCACUCUUCAAGGACUUCUGGCAAAGAUUCCUGGGCAGUUUGAAAGCCUUGGCAGCAAAGCAACAGCGGACUGUCUACAGACUGACUCUAGUUAAAGCCUGGAAUGUGGAUGAACUCCAAGCCUAUGCUGAGCUGGUGUCUCUAGGGCAGCCUGACUUCAUCGAAGUGAAGGGUGUCACCUACUGUGGAGAGAGUUCAGCCAGCAGUCUUACCAUGGCCAACGUGCCCUGGCAUGAGGAAGUUGUACGCUUCGUCCGUGAACUGGUGGACCUGAUCCCUGACUAUGAAAUUGCUUGUGAACAUGAACAUUCCAAUUGCCUUCUGAUUGCUCACAAAAAGUUUAAGAUUGAUAGAGAAUGGUGGACGUGGAUUGAUUAUGACCGCUUCCAGGAGCUUAUCCAGGAAUACGAAGACAGUGGUGGAUCAAAAACUUUCAGCGCAGAGGAUUAUAUGGCCAAAACUCCUCACUGGGCUUUAUUUGGUGCUAAUGAGAGAGGCUUUGAUCCCAAGGACACAAGAUUUCAGAGGAAGAACAAAUCAAAGAAUAUUUCUGGAUGUUGA